CACCGAGCAAUGAUCUACUGUGUAAUUGUGUGUACACGGAGUGUGUGUGGGUGUAUAGAAAGUGUGUGUGGGUGUAUAGAAAGUGUGUGUGUGUAUAGGGAGAGUAUGUAUAUAUAGAGAGAGUGUGUAAUAAUUGGUUAUUAUUUUGAUCAUGUUGAAGUUAGUGCAGGUCCUGAGGUUCAGGAUUAGUUGUAAGACUGUGAGAUGUGGACCAGUAUGGAGGCAUCAUCAGCAGACUGGCUUUACAGGGGGGCGUUCACCCCCUUCAGCCCUCUGUUGUGUGUUCCAACCCAAAAAUCACGGGUGUAAUUCAUACAGGAGUGAAUGUUUAAGAUUUUACAGCACUAAGAAGAAAGCUCAGGAGGCACCAGGUUCCUCUAAAAGAAGCGUUUCUGAGACUUAUACAUCUGUGGAUCCUGACAAGGAGGAAGAAUUUGUCUUUUUGGACUUUUCUGAAUCCCCAGAGGAGGAAGAUCCAAUCCCUGAGGAGGUUCAUCAGAUAGGAAGUGUGAACGAAGAAAAGCAGCACAAAAAGACUGGAACUGGAUUGAAGAAAAAAGCUCUCGAGAUGCAGCUAAGAUCUUUAAAAGAUGUUCCAGAGGAGAAGAUAGACUUGGAAUCGCAUAUAGAGUUCCACGAUGUAGGAUUUCCAUUGGAGCGCUCCAAAAAGAAGAAAUCCAAGAAGGAGCACAAGACCUUUGGAAACCCUGACGCCGAAAUGCCCGUCAGUGACAUCUCAUGCUCGGGCUGUGGAGCCGUCAUGCACUGUGUGGCAUCUGAACUUCCAGGGUAUCUGCCCAGUGAGAAAUAUAAGCAACUAUUAGAAGAGGAGGAGCUCAGCAGGGCGAUAUGCCAGCGCUGUUUCCUCCUCACCCACCAUCAGAAAGCUCUCAACAUCACCAUGUCCAAAGAGGAGUACGUUAAAAUUGUGAGCGGUAUCAAACCUGAAAAAGCGCUGGUCCUGCUCAUCGUGGAUCUCCUCGACCUUCCAGAUUCCAUCAUUCCGGACCUGCCGCAUCUCGUGGGAAAGAACAAGCACAUCGUGAUCUUGGGAAACAAAGCCGACCUGCUGCCGGGUGACUCCCAGAGUUACCUCCAGCGGAUCAGGAGGCAGCUGGUGCAGCACUGCGAGGACGCCGGCGUCCCGGUCCGAGAUCCCAAAGAUGUUCAUCUGAUCAGCGCAAAGACGGGCUACGGCAUCGAGAACCUGAUCACCAGACUCCAGACCUCGUGGAAAUAUACAGGAGACGUGUAUCUGGUUGGCACUGCCAACGCUGGCAAGUCGACCUUGUUUAACACCCUGUUGGAGUCGGAUUACUGCAAGUCCAGAGCUUCAGAUGUGAUCCACAAAGCCACCAUAUCACCCUGGCCUGGAACGACUCUGAACCUGCUGAAAUUUCCCAUCAUCAACCCGACACCGUACAGGCUGCUGAGACGAGCCGAGAGACUCAGACAGACGGCGCUUCAGACGGAGGAGGAUCUCGACCCCGAAGAGCUUGAGAGAAUCCAGCGCUUCCGCAAGCAGGGCUACCUGAUCGGUCGUGUUGGACGGACGUUCCGCGUUCAGUCCUCCAGAAGAGACCUGGUGGAGUUCGACCCAGAUACCCUCAGUUUCGGAGAGGACCUGAACGACGACACGUGGGGCAAACCCAGCCCGGAUCCCGAACCCGAGUCCGAGCUGAGCUACAACGAGAUCAAAGAUGCCCACUGGUUCUACGACACGCCGGGCAUCAUGAAAGAGAACGAUAUUCUCAGCCUGCUGAACGAAAAGGAGGUGAAGCUGGUGGUGCCCACGCAUGCCAUCACGCCCAGGACGUUUGUCCUCAAGCCUGGAAUGGUGUUGUUUCUGGGAGCUUUGGCACGCAUCGAUUAUCUGGAGGGGAAUCAGCCGUGCUGGUUUAGCGUCGUGGCUUCGUCCCAAAUCCCCGUCCACAUCAGCAGUCUGGAGAAAGCCGACGCCGUCUACCAGAAACACGCCGGGAACCCGCUGCUGGUGGUGCCGAUGGGUGGAGAGGAGCGGAUGAAGCAGUUUCCUCCUCUGGUGUCUCAGGAUUUCGAGCUCGAGGGUCGAGGAAUCAACACCGCCGUAACGGACAUCAAACUCUCUUCAGCAGGUUGGGUUGCUGUAACAGCGGCAGAAGGGGAGCGUCUACUGCUGAGAGGUCAUGCACCCGAGGGGGCGGGGAUUUGUCUGCGAAAUCCUCCACUUCUUCCACACAUUGUCACUGUAAAGGGGCCUCGGAUUCCCAAAUCUCCAGCCUACAGGACCAAGAAACCACAGACGCUGCUUGAUACCAACCUGUUAGCACGGGCAGAGAGCAAGAAGAAAUGAGAAUGAGAUCAGAAUUUGAAAACAGCAGAAUGUUUAUUUGCAAUAAUCAUGUUUUAUGUGUAUAUAUUAAUAAAUAUUUCUGUAAACUG